AUGGAAUCCGACGUCCCUCUCAUCGAAAUCGCUGAAGAAGACGAUUCGCUGCUUCAAUUGAUCCAGGACGAUAACAUUUCGAACAGUAACAGAAGCAAAAGCACCAGCGACGACGCCAUUUUCUUUUGCUCGCCUCUCCAACCCCGCAGAUCCAAGCCAGUCGCGGUGAAUGAGAAAUCCCAAAAACCAAGCUCUCCGUCAUGUAGGGAUAGUAUAGAUAAAGAGAAUAAUGGUAGUAAUGCAAACAAAAUAGAAGAACAAAAACUCAGCCUCCAGCCGCAGCAAAUGAAGAGGAAGAAGGGGGGAGGAUACAAUUUGCGUAAAAGCCUAGCUUGGGAUCGAGCCUUCUUUACUGAUGAAGGUGUUUUGAAUUCCGAAGAGUUAUCCCUGAUUAGUGGAAGUGCAAAUUCUAAUGGGUUGCUGUCAGUUAUCCAUGAAGACACAAAUAGCAUUGCUGAUUCAGAAGAUCUAGAGGUGAUUGAAGAAAAAUUAUUCAAGGUAUUGCCGGAAAGUCCUUCAAGUAAAGAUAGGACUGUUGGUGGCAGUUUAUUACCAAAGCGUGACUCAUCAGCUAAAGAUAAUGCAGCCCCAGGUUCUGCGGCCAAGCGGAAGGUGCUUUCAGCCCGUGAUAUCAAUAGAAGUGGCUCAAAACGCAGUGGUUGCCCUCGACCUUUAGCCUCCUCUUCUCUGAAAAGGCCUGCAAAUGUGAAUACAAUGAAAUCACCGAUUAAAGAACCAAGAAUUUCUACAUUACCGGUUCGAAAACCUGAUCCCUGUCUGCUGUCUAGGACUUCCAAGAAUGUGAUGGUUGGUGCAAAUGAUUUAAAGAGGAAUCAGAUUGCUCACCCUGCAGGGAAAUUGAACAACAACAAAACUGGGCCAAAUAAUGCAAAAGUUGCUCCUGGAAAAUCUUUAACUUCUAAAAGUUCUGUUCGGCAAGCCAGAAGAAAUGUGGCCAGCUUGGUGAAGGGUUCACCAACCAAAAUAACAUGUCCACCUACUAUUGAAGCAAAUAAUGGCUUCGAGGUGAUCUCAAAACAGACACUUCCUUCUACUGGUCAUGCAUCGUAUGGCCAUGAUGACAGAUCCAAAAAAACUGCAGUUCCGCAGAUGAUCUCAAAACAAGCACUUCCUUCUACUGGUCAUGCAUCAUAUGGCCGUAAUGACAGAUCCCGGAAAACUGCAGCUCCAGAGGCGAUCUCAAAACAAGCACUUCCUUCUACCGGUCAUGCAACAUAUGGCUGUGAUGACAGAUCCAGAAAACCUGCAGUUCCUCUUCCUCAUACUGGUGUGAACUUGUCACGUACUCAGCUCCCAACAUCAAAGCCAUCAGGUUUACGGAUGCCAUCACCAUCACUGAGUUUCUUUCAUCAGCCAAAAGCUUCUUCUUUGCCUAGUCCUUUGAAGACAAGCUCUCAGCCAUGCAUUAUGCCUAAUUUGAGGCAAGUUGGUUCCAUAGAUCCAAUUCAUGAAUUGAGGCCGCCCUCUUCCCUUGGGAAAAAGCAAAAUGUUAUCAAUGAUCGGACAGUAAUUGGAAAUAUUAAUGUCCAAUGCUCAAGUUCAGGUUGCUCAGUUUCAUCUACAAUUAACUCUGCCACAAAGGAUAAGGUGGAACCAUUCUCGCAAGUAACAAAUAUGCAGAAGGUGGAACUGAAGGUACAAUCUAGCUCAAGUAGUUAUGAUAUGGCAGAGAAUCAGCGAAAGUUCAAUAGCAUUCCUGUUCAUGAAGACCAACAAUCUAUGGGAGAGGUAGAAUUUCAGAGGAACAAUGAUAAGUUUCUUUUACAGAGGGGAUCCUGUGAACAAUUGGUUAAAGAUGACAAUAGCGUGAAGGCUGCUUUUGAUAUGGAGAAACCUCAUGUUACACCCCAUCUUAGUUCUGCAGUGAAAUUUCCCUGUUUUUCUGGCGAAAAUGACAUAACUAUCCAUCAACUUGUUGAAGACAAAUCCCAUGACUUGCCACAAAAGAAUUGUGGUGUCCUUUUAGGGUCCAAAUCUGAAGAGGCAAGUUCUUCUGGUAGUGUCUUAAUAUCAUACGAUGAUCAGUCAAGCAGCGAUCAUAAUGUCAAUGAACUGUGUGGGGCAGAAGCUGAUCUGUUUAAACCUAUGACCAGUGAAGGCAACCAAAUUUCUGAUGAGGAUCAAAUGAUCUGGGAAAACACGGGUAGUUUCACCAAGGAAUGUCAAGUUUCUGAAGAUAUCCAGAGCUAUAGUUCUGUGAAGGUUGCAGAUGUCAGUCCAAAGGUCCAAAAUUCUAGUGCAUCUGAAUUGAAAAGGUCUGAUCCUUUGUCUGACUCUAGAAUUAAAAACCAAGCAAAAGAUGAUGGUAGUAGGUUUAACACAAAGAGUAGGAACCCACAUGUGGAAGAUGCACAAAUGCUGGCUUUAGGUGGAAGGAUGAUAGAUGAAAUGAAUGAUGUUGACCUGAGCACUUCAGCUCCAGAAAAUCGUCAACUGGUGAUAACUGAUUGUGGAAAUGAAAAACCUGAACAGCUAGACCUUCCAAAUUCCUGCUAUGUUGGAGAACAGGUUUUCCAGGAAAAUAAAUUGCACUUAAAUGAUUGUGUGUUGGAUGGAUUCAGUAUUUUCCCUGAAGAAUCCCAGCAGAAAAAUGUUCUUCAAUGUGUUGAUUCAAAAGAACCAGAAGGAACUGGUGCCUGCAGAAGUGAAUCAGAAGUUUCCAGAACCCUUUCUCUAAUUGGAAAUAUUAAUGUCCAAUGCUCAAGUUCAUGUUGCUCAGUUUUAUCUACAAUUAACUCUGCCACAAAGGACAAGGUGGAACCAUUCUCACAAGUCACAGAUGUGCAGAAGGUGGAACUGAAGGUACAAUCUAGCUCAAAUAGUUAUGAUAUGACAGAGAAUCAGCGAAAGUUCAAUAGCAUUCCUGUUCAUGAAGAACAACAGUCUAUGGGAGAGGUAGAAUUUCAGAGGAAUGUUGAUAAAUCUCUUUUACAGGGGGGAUCCUGUGAACAAUUGGAUAAAGAUGACAAUAGCGUGAAGGCUGCUUUUGUACUUACUCCAGAAAGUAAAGAUAUGGAUAAACCCCAUGUUACACCCCAUCUUAGUUCUGCAGUGAAAUUUCCCUGUUUUUCUGGCGAAAAUAAAAUAACUAUCCAUCAACUUCUUGAAGAAAAAUCCCAUGACUUGCCACAAAAGAAUUGUGGUGUCCUUUUAAAGUCCAAAUCUGAAGAGGCAAGUUCUUCUGGUGGCAUCUUGAUAGCAUACGAUGAUCAGUCAAGCAGGGAUCAUAAUAUCAAUGAACUGUAUGGGGCAGAAGCUGAGCUGUUUAAACCUAUGACCUGUGAAGGCAACCAAAUCUCUGAUGAGGAUCAUAUGAUAUGGGAAAAAACGGGUAGUUUCACCAAGGAAUGUCAAGUUUCUGAAGAGAUCCAGAGCUACAAUUCUGUGAAGGUUGCAGAUGUCAGUCCAAAGGUCCAAAAUUCUAGUGCAUCUGAAUUGAAAAGGUCUGAUGCUUUGUCUGACUCUAGAUUUAAAAACCAAGCAAAAGAUGAUGGUAGUAGAUUUAACACAAAGAGUAGGAACCCACAUGUGGAAGAUGCACAAAUGCUGGCUUUAGGGGGAAGGUUUAUAGAUGAAAUGAAUGAUGCUGACCUGAGCACUUCAGCUCCAGAAAAUUGUGGAAGGUUAAUAGAUGAAAUGAUUGAUGUUGACCUGAGCACUUCAGCUCCAGAAAAUUGUCAACUGGUGAGAACUGAUUGUGGAAAUGAAAAACCUGAACAGCUAGACCUUCCAAAUUCCUGCUAUGUUGGAGAACAGGUUUCCCAGGAAAAUAAAUUGCACUUAAAUUAUUGUGAGUUGGAUGGAUUCAGUAUUUUCCCUGAAGAAUCCCAGCAGAAAUUUUUUCUUCAAUUUGUUGAUUCAAAAGGACCAGAAGGAACUGGUACCUGCAGAAGUGAAUCAGAAGUUUCCAGAACCGUUUCUCUAAUACCACAUGGUAUGCUAGAUUUCAGUUCUAAUGUUGCAGAAAUAGUGGAGUCCCAGAAUGUGGAUAAUACUGCAUCAGUAUCUGAAAGCAACGAAACAGUGGUUGAGAGUUACAACCUGGACUCACAGUCAAUGAGUGACUUUCAGCUUCAUUGUCAAGACUGUUCUUUGAAAUUGGAUAGUGUGGGAGACUUCACGUCCAAGCUAAAUGUGGAAGUGCAAGUUGCGGGUGGCUCUGCGAUAAAAGACAUAAUUGAGCCCAAGGAUUUUGGAACCAAAGAUUGCAACUUACUUGUUGAAAGUUGCUAUGGUGUCCCUCAGCUAGAGACUGAAGAUGACAAAAGCUAUUGCCAGCAAGAUACUUCAGUAGAGCAGAGUGAUAAGAUCAAUCUCAGUUCAGAUAUUGGUGUCAUACGAGAGUACCAGGACAUUAAUCCAGGAUCUUGUUUGAAUGGAACCUUGCUUGCAAACAACGCUUCCUGCAAGGUAUUUGAGGAAACUGUUCAUGAGGUUGGUCUAGAUGACUGUGAUGCUUGUGGAAUUGAAUCAAAGAGUUCAAAAGUAGCAGCAGCAAUGCAUGAUGGCAGACCUGAUUUGGAGGAAAAGGCUGACUACUUACAAAUGGAAGUUGCAGUGACCAGCUCCUUCAAGAUUGAACCAUCAUCAGAAAAUCUUCAAACUUGUACGAAGUCCAGUCAUGACAAUAAGCUAAGCAAUCAAGCUGGUUCUGUGGAGUCUGAUGUAUCUGCAAAAACAACCAAUGAAGAAAACUCUGCCUCUACUUUGGCAUAUAGUUCCUGCGAAGGGGAGUUAUACUCAUCUGUCAUCUCUGAUCCAAGAUCAUCAAGUGGAAGAAUUCUGCAGGAAAUUGAAGUUAAUGUAUUGAGCAGAAAAACUUUGGCAGAGGAAUCUGAAAUUAAUAUCUUGGAAGAGAAUCAUACUCUUAGCAGUGAACUGCAGCAUGAGUUAGAAGAUACCUUGCACCCCACAGAAGAUAAUGAGGCAACAAAAGAGAUUAAGAAGUCUGGAAGUGAUAGGAAACAAGAUGCCCCUGUAAUAAAGCUUCCACCCGAUGCUGUUCCAUUCUCGGAUGAAUGGUUAGCUGCACUUGAAGCAGCCGGAGAGGAAAUUUUGACAAAGAAAAGUGGUGCUGUACAAAAUUCACCCCCGAACAAAUCUGAACCUCAAAUAGGUCCAUGGUCCCCGGUGAAACGAAAAACUAAUCAAGUAAUCGGACCAUUUGAUUGUACAAAACAUACCAACAACGUCCCUCCUAGUUCUCAAUGACCUAAUUAAGAGGAGUCUGCCUAAUCACUAACUGUGUGACACCAUUCUUCUUUCCUCCUUUUCUUCUACUUUUACAGAUAAUUGUCACAUUAUCUUGCUAUGAAACAUACAAAGAAAAUCAAGCAAUUCUUAUUAUUAUUAUUUUUGCUUCUUUUUUA